AUCCCACAAUCUGUUCCUCAAUUGCUUUUCUUCAUGAUUCCUCUUCCUCGCCGUUUGGGGCUCCAAGUGAAGCAGGCUUGAGAUGUCAUCUCCAACCAAGGGCGAAACCCCAGAGCAAGGCGGCACUCACAAAGCAGCAUCGCCUGCUUCACAACCGGAGCAUGGCGAAGACACGAUUGAGGCGGCCGACGGGGAUGAUGAAGACGCGGGAUACUGCACAGACGAAGCCAGCAGCAUCUCAACCUCGCUCUCUUCCAGCGUACGAGACUUCGCCUUCGAGAAUGGAAGAAGAUACCACAAAUUCCGUGAAGGGACCUAUCAAUUUCCUAACGAUGAGCCAGAGCAGGCUCGUGAGGAUAUGAAGCACGCGAUGAUUGUCAAUAUUUGCGACGGAAGACUGCAUUAUGCGCCUCUUGAAAAUCUGCAACAGGUUUUGGAUCUUGGGACCGGGACGGGAAUUUGGUGCAUAGACAUGGGAGACGAAUAUCCGGGUGCCUCAAUACUAGGGAUCGAUCUAAGCCCGAUACAACCUAACUGGGUUCCGCCGAAUGUCAAAUUCAUGGUCGAUGAUUUCGAGAGUCCGUGGCUUCAAGGGGAGAACCAUUUUGAUUUCGUUCACGCUCGAGCGAUAGCGCCUAUCACAAAAGAUCUGCCCAAAGUGCUUUCGGAGGCCUAUCGUACCAUAAAACCUGGCGGGUGGAUUGAGUUUCAAGAGCAACAGUUCCACGCACUCUGUGACGAUGGCACCAUGCCAGAAAAUUAUCUACUCAAUGAAUGGUGGGAACAUUUGGGGAAGGGUUUAGCAGUAUUCGGGCGAGAUCUCGCGGCCGUGUUGAAGACGGCACAGCACUUAACAGAUGCCGGCUUCAUCAAUGUUGAAGAAAGGGUGGUCAAACUUCCAAUUGGUCCGUGGGCCAAGGACAAGAAGUUGAGAACGGUCGGGCUCUAUUCCCGGGCCUCGAUCGAAGAUGGACUUGAGGGUCUCAGCUUAGGCCCAAUGGCAAGAGGACUUGGCUGGUCACCAGACGAAGUUCGUGUUUACCUGGUCGGUGUGCGGAAGGCACUGAUGGAUAGGUCGAUUCAUUCCUACAUGACAUUUCAUGUGAUUUACGGACAGAAGCCACCCAGCUGAACUGCUCGACGGAAAGUGGACAUGGCUUGCAGAGGAAUGUUUUCCU